UUCCGCUCCUCCAAUUCUUACUGAUACCUUUAUCCUCCUCUUUCGCUUAUUGCCACUAUUCGCCAAAACGAACAGGACUACUAUUGCGGUUGAACGCGUACCUCUAUUUACUGCAUUUUCAGGCCAUUCUAAAGAAGGGGACCGCCAUCUAGGAGCAAGACCGAUUAGAUAAUUAUUUGUGCACCAGGGUUUCCGUUUACAUCACACGCUAAUGAGCUCGCAUCAGUACACCCAGAUGGUUCCGGUCGAGUUUCCGCAAUCGGAACAGGACUUCCGCCGAAACCCACCGCCACACCAGGCUGGCGCUACAUACAAACGCCAAAUAUACAUGGUGAGGUCCGACAAGCUUGUUAUAACAAUUCCAGCCUCAACUCCAAUCCCUCCAAACAGUGGGGUGCUUGCUGUGGACAUAUACCCAGCCAAUCGGGAAUCUGACCUCCACUAUGCUCCUGCCAGCUCACGACACCCAGGGAUGACGAGUCCAAUUGAGCAAAACCAGGUUCGAUCAUGGAUGGCCCGAUGCAGCGUAAGCGGUCCAAGGACUCGCCAGGUAGACAACUACCAUGGCCAGCAACAGCAGCAACAGCAGCAACAGACACAAAUGGACGAUGAAACGCAUGACGAUGACACAUACGCACACGAUGGCGACGACCUUCCGGUGGUUACCAUUAUGGACGAGACUGGGGCUGCAUCGACCUCAAUGACUGCUGCCAGCCCAUAUCUUAUGCAUGCAUCUACAGUCAUCGAGGAUGACGUUCCGAAGCCCAAGAAACCACGCAACUCGUUCUUCUACUUCCGCCGCAGCUAUCACAAGUCAACCAAUGCCUCUGGAAAUCGCAUGCGAGCCAAAAAUAUAUCUGGUGCGGCGGGAAAGAUCUGGAAAGACAUGUCCGAGGAGGACAAGGCUCAGUACAAGGAGCUAGCAGCCGAGGAUACAAAGCGGUACAAGCAAGAGAUGAGGCUGUUGGGGCAUCCUCUGGACAUGGGGACGCUGCCACGAUCACCGCUGAUAGGCAGCAGACUUGGCGGACCAGCCAGCGGCUCUCGUUUCCAUGCGGUUACUGUAGUCCCGGCAAUCCAAUCUUUGAGAAAGAGACGCCGAUCCAGCAUAGCCGAGCAGCCAUCCCCUUAUGUGUCUGAAGGCAAAAGCUUGCCAAGCAGCAGCCCACCAAUGACUUCACAGAGUAACACGGCACCCUCAUCUCGCCAGCCGCUGGUGUUCUCUUUCAAUGGCGAGGGCAUGGGCUCGGGCAUAGACACAAUCACAUUUCCACCACAAUCGCCGCCCCGGCAAAUGCUGCAGCAGCAGCAGCAGCAGCAACAGCCGGCCCAAUGGAGCAAUCUCAAUGAGCUGCUGGCAGGAAUGGGUCCACCAGUGAGCCACCCAAGUGUGCUCGACAGCAGCGCUUUCAUGGCCGCGCUGGGCGACCCAGAUGGGGGCAGCAGUUCCAGCCAGCACCCAGCCACUGAGCACCACCUAGGCGUGGGCACAUCCGCUCCUCCUACACCCGCUAUACGGACGAGAGACCGCAGCUCCGCCAGCAGCCAGGCCCAAAGGCAUACUGGAACCGUCGUCAACAGCAUGAUUAGCAUCCACCCAUCGAUCCCAGACAUCGAAGUCAUUGACGCCUCAAACUCCAUCAGCCUCCGAAAAUACUCGGUAAAGCAGCGCAAGUAGCAGAGUUGACCGUCGGCACAGUCCCAGCGUCUCGCCGGCGCCCAAAAAAGUAAGCACCUAAU